GGUGUGAGCUGCCUUUUUGGUGAACCUGGCAACCCUGUGGCACAGGAUUUUGUGUCGUGCAGCUAGAACUUGACAGCCACUGCUCCGGAGGCGAUCACUCUAAACAAGCCUGUGGCCCCGGGGUGCUGAGCAGAAGCCAGAACCGCACUGUGCUGCGAGGCAGGGGGACCGCGGGCCUGGCCUCUGGGGCGCCUGACUAACCAUGGAGGACAACGCCUCUCUCAGAAAAGUGAGCGGCUCCACCGAGUCAGUGGCCACCGUCACCAGCGAGGAGUUUGAACUUGUGCAGCCGUCCGCCGGAGGGUCCCCCUCUGAGGGCAAGCCCAGACUCAAGAUGUCCCACAAUGGUAAAGAACAGCUGGAGAGAGCCAUGGAGGAGGUGCUGGAUGAUGAGGUGAUGAAGGUGGAGCAGAGUGGAGCUGCAGGAGAGGAAAGAACUGAGACUCAGGGCCCGGUGAUCUCCACGUCCCCCCUUCCACACACACGACCCCAGGGCCUGGUGCUGGAACCCACGGAACUCACAGCAGAUGAGGCGUCCCUGUGUCCUUCUGCAGGAAGCACACCAGUCCAGGAGGAGGACAGUGUGCAGUUCAGCAAGCUGUCCUACCUGGGCUGUACGUGGGUGAAGGCCCCCCGCAGUGAGCCGGAGGCCCUGAGAGCCAUGACUACCCUGCGGGCAGAGAGCGCCAUUCCCAUCCCGGUCACCCUUCAUGUGCCCAACAUACCAGGGGGCUGUGUCAGAAUCGUGGACCAAGCAUCGGGCACAGAAAUUGCCUCUUUUCCCAUCUACAAGGUGCUGUUCUGCGCACGGGGGCGUGAGGGCUCCAUCGAGAGUGAUUGCUUCUCCUUCACAGAGAGCUAUCGCAGCUCGGAGGACUUCCAGAUUCACGUCUUCUCUUGCCAUAUCAAGGAAGCUGUGAGCAGGAUCCUCUACAGUUUCUCCACAGCGUUCCGACGCUCCUCCAAGCAAGCCCCUGAUGUGAGGGACUCCGCCCUGCCCCAGUCCCCUGACAGUGACCUGUUCAGCUUUGCCGUCGCCCUGGAGGUGCGUGAGGACGACGGCAAGGGCAACUACAGCCCGGUUCCUAAGGACCGAGAUAAGUUCUACUUCAAGCUGCGACAGGGCGUGCACAAGAAGGUUGUGGUCACGGUCCAGCAGAUGAGCAACAAGGAGCUUGGCAUUGAGAGAUGUUUUGGAAUGUUGCUGAGCCCAGGUCAGAAGGUUCGGAACAGUGACAUGCAUCUCCUAGACAUGGAGUCCAUGGGAAAGAGCUCUGACGGAAAGUCGUAUGUGAUCACGGGCACAUGGAACCCCAAUAUGGCUGCCUUCCAGGUGUUGAAUGAAGACACACCUAAAGACAAGCAGGUGUACAUGACCGUGGCUGUGGACUUGGUGGUGACGGAAGUUGUGGAGCCGGUGCGCUUCCUACUAGAGACCCUAGUGCGCGUCUACCCAGCCAACGAGCGCUUCUGGUAUUUCAGCCGCAAGGCCUUCAGCGAGACCUUCUACCUCAAACUCAAACAGGGUGCUGAAAAAGAUGGCCAGGGUGACGCCAUGCUGGAGGUGCUGAGUCUGCAGAGGGAGACUGAGAGGAGUAAUGGGGGAUGUGGGACACUGGCCUCCCCAGCUGAGGAGGAGGAGCCCGAUGAAGAUAGCGAUAGUGAGAUCUCCAGUGGGACCGGCGAUGUGUCUAAGGACUGUCCUGAGAAGAUUCUGGAGUCCUGGGGUGGAAUCCUGAACAGAUGGCACGGGAACCUGUCUGUCCGACCUAAGGGCCUGUCAGGGCUGGUGAAGCCUGGGGUCCCUGAGGCCCUGAGAGCUGAGGUGUGGCAGCUUCUCUCCGACUGCCAGAGUGACCAGGCCCUGCUGGACAAAUACCGCGUCCUCAUUACCAAGGAGUCUGCCCAGGAUGGAGUGAUCACCCGGGACAUCCAUCGAACGUUCCCCGCUCAUGACUACUUCAAAGACAGUGACGGCGAUGGUCAGGACUCCCUCUACAAGAUCUGUAAGGCCUAUUCAGUCUAUGACGAGGAGAUUGGCUACUGUCAGGGACAGUCCUUCCUGGCUGCUGUUCUGCUCCUGCAUAUGCCAGAGGAGCAGGCCUUCUGCGUGCUGGUGAAGAUCAUGUACGAGUACGGCCUGAGAGAGCUCUACAAGAACAACUUUGAGGACCUGCACUGCAAGUUCUACCAGCUGGAACGGCUGCUUCAGGAGCAGCUCCCAGACCUGUGGUCCCACUUCCAGGAUCUGAACCUAGAAGCCCACAUGUAUGCAUCCCAAUGGUUCCUCACACUCUUCACUGCCAAGUUCCCGCUCUGCAUGGUUUUCCACAUCACUGACCUGCUGCUGUAUGAGGGGCUGAACAUCAUCUUCAAUGUGUCCCUGGCUCUCCUGAAGACAUCCAAGGAGGACUUGCUCCAGGCUGACUUUGAGGGAGCGCUGAAGUUCUUCCGGGUCCAGCUUCCCAAACGUUACCGGGCUGCAGAGAACGCUCGCAGGCUCAUGGAACAGGCCUGCAACAUCAAAGUGCCCAACAAGAAGCUCAAGAAGUUUGAGAAGGAAUACCAGAGCCUGAGAGAGAGCCAGUUACAGCAGGAAGACCCUAUUGACCGCUACCAGAGAGAGAACCGUCGUCUGCAGGAGGCCAGCAUGCGUCUGGAGCAGGAGAACGAUGACCUGGCCCAUGAGCUGGUGACCAGUAAGAUUGCCCUGAGGACCGACCUGGACCAAGCUGAAGACAAGGCCGACGUCCUGAACAAGGAGCUGCUCUGCACCAAACAGCGCCUUGUGGAGACCGAGGAGGAGAAGAGGAGGCAGGCGGAGGAGACGGCACAGAUCAAAGAGGUGUUCAGAAGGGAGCUGGAAAAAGCUGAGUCAGAAAUCAAGAAGACUACUGCCAUCAUCGCUGAAUAUAAGCAGAUCUGUUCUCAGCUCAGCACCAGGCUGGAGAAGCAGCAAGCAGCCACCAAGGAGGAGCUGGACAUCAUCAAGAGUAAGGUGAUGGCGUGUGAGCGCUGCCGGGAGGUGUUCUGUAUAGAGGGAUCUCUCCAGAUGCCUGCACUCAGCAGAGAUAACAGGGACAGUGAGCUGGAUGAAGAGAAGGACUCCUUCAAGAUCCAACUCAGAGAACUGGAACUGGAGUUGGCUCAGACCAAACUACAACUGGUAGAGGCCAAGUGCAAGAUCCAGGAGUUGGAGCACCAAAGGGGCGUCCUGAUGAACGAGAUCCAAGCAGCCAAAAACUCCUGGUUCAGCAAGACCCUGGGCUCCUUGAAGAACUCCGGCGGCAGCACCUCCCAAUCCCAGCCCCCAUCGUCCCCCAAAGAUGGCCCCCCGUAAGCCCCCCCCCCACACACACACACAGACCAGCCCAGCUGGAGAGGAGGUGUGAAGGAAAGUCUGCUUCGGUGUGAUGAGAGCUCAUCAUUGGCUGGGUAACACCUGAGACUAUGCAGUAUUCCCUUUCCAUGGGCAAAGUGAGGAGGAGAGAGAAGCACGAUCGGCCCUCUGCACAUAUUUCCCUCCCUAAGCCUGUCCACCCUACCACUGGACUAGCCAACCGCCCCUCUGUACCGCUGGAGAGCUUUGAUAAGAAGGACAUUCAUAGGCUGGUGACUGAGUGGAAGUUUUGGUGGGAAUUAAUUUACACUGUUGGCCUGGGGGCGGGGCUUGAAGCUAUUCUGAGAGAGUGUUCUCUCUCUCAAAUGAGAGGGUCAUCGCCGUGUUUUAUACGAAAUGUAACACAACAUCGCUACCUAGUGGUUCUGUGUUGCUACUGCUGGGUGAGAGAGUCCGUCUUAUGGAUGUGAUCUGAUAUGCUGACAACUUGAAACCAAUCUAAAUGCUAUUGCGUUCAUGACCCUUGUAAGGAUCAUUCAGCGGCUACUAGUAAACGGCCUGGAAACACAUUCUGUGUUCCGUGCUUAAAAAAAAAAUUAACUACUACAAGCGUUAUGAGCUUAAUAUUCACAGCUUUCAGAAAGGGGAUACUGCAUUACUAAGUCUAAGAACAAAAUCUUGUUUUUCUUUAUAGUGAUAUACCGUAAACUAUGUUGACCUAUAGAUAUGUAUGCCUAACUAAUUAUUGAUUUCUUUUUUAUAUAUAUAUAUAUUGUACAGUUCUAAAACGAGUGCUCUGUUAAUUUUUUUACCGUUUGGAAUUUGAAUGUCAUCUUUCUAGAUUUUAAUUAAUCUAAUUAAGCACAGUGUGUAAAGUCUGGGUCUAGUUCUAAUGUUGGCCGAGUUAAAGCCCCUCUUUCAUUUUAGUUUUUUUACGCAAUAGGCUGGUUAAUUUGAACCAGACAUCGGGCUCUGCAUUCUAAAGUAAGGGCAGUAUUCAGUAUGAUUAAGCAAACCAGGCUGAAAACACAAGGACAUAAGUAUGUGUAAAUCCCAUUACCAUUACAUGGUUUACUUACUAAUGUAUGGAUUCAACUGAACCUAGCAGGUCAAAUUCAAACUGGAGGUCAGCAGGGGUCAUUCAAAAAACACUCCUUAAGACUAUUUACAAUCUGUUGAAUUUGUCGUCUUUUUUCACUUCAAUUCAUUCCAAUCCUAAAUUUUUCUGAAAGACAGGAGGUGAAGUUAUUCUAAAGUUAUGGUACCGUUUACGGAAAAACUCCUUAUCUCUGCUGUUGGCUGCAGUCAUUUGAUGCUACUUUCCUGUAGAAACUCAGCCUAACACAUUAUUAUUAUUAUUAUUGUUAGUAUUGUUAUUAUUUCUUUACAAAGCCUGACACUCACCUAACCAUUAUCUCUGAACUGGGGCAGUAGAGUAUAUAGCAGACAUGGCUUCCUAUUUCAUAAUGAAAGAUGUGGCCAACCAGUUAGAUGAUCUAAUAGGAUAUCGUACUUCUGGUCAUUUUUAUGAUUGGGUAACAUGGUCGUUAUGACGUUAGCAACAUUUGAACAUUCCGAAAUAACUAUUUCAGCCAAUUAUUUAGCAUACAUUGUAAAAAUAUUAACUAGCCAGGCGUUUGGCAAUGGCCAUGCUGUUUUAACAUAGGCAGGAAGGGCUUUCUGAAACACUGGCUAUAAUGUUCACCCUGGAAUGGGAACGUUCCCAAUAGUAAUGCAUGGUCACUAAACUCCGUUUCCUCAGUCAUGUGUUUGAUAGGGACGUUUCUCUGGACCAGAGGCCAGGAAGAUUGCUGCAAAACACGAGCCGAGAACCAUCAGGGCCGUGUGUUUGUGUAUAUGUAUGUGUGUAUGUGCGUGCCUGUGUGUGUGUCAGUCAGGGUUAAGGUGAGCUACCCUGACUAGUACUAAUUUAAAUGGUUUCUUCACAUGGCUGCCUUCUUUUUUUUUUUUACUAAGCAGUGACUGUUUUUAAAACCCAGAUGGAUAGCAGAUCCAGAGGAAAACCAUUUGAAUAUGCCGUGUUAUACUUUCAAAGGAUCGUGCCAUGAUGACAUACAUGUUUUUUAAGGAGGACGCGAGAUGACACGGUCAUAGCCGUGGGCCCGGAACAGGUCCCAUUUGUCUUACCUGGCUUCCUUUCCCUAACCUUUAUGUCAAGUGCUCUGAAAAACUGUUCUGAUUGAUGCAUUCUGCCUCUUAGUUGUUGUUGUUGUUGUUGUUGUUGUUUGAAAGGCGCUGACUCAUCCGUGUUGGUUGCAGGUGCUUGGCGAGAGAGAGACAGGCUUAGGUGAAGGCCUGCACACUUCAGCUGCUGGUAUCAGCAUUAAUAAACCACAACGGUAGUCACAGGAUCAGUGCGUGGAUUUAUUAGGCAUGGCUAAUAAAUAAAAACAAGGAUAAGAAUAAGAAUUGGGCUACCUGUCGAGCCGCGGCACUAUGUCAUGUCAAAGUUGUUCUGCCAGUGUCAUGUCAGGUAUAUGAGGUCCAAGCCUCUGUGUAUUUCUGCAGUAUGUGCACUAACCAAACGUCAAUAUUUUAAACACUAUUUUAAUUGUUUAUUUGUACUCACAAAUUAUUCAGAGAACAAACCUACUUUCUUUUUUAUUCCUAUUUUUUGGGUGUUGAGAAUACAUCGGCCAAAUUAUAAUCGAACUACAACAAUGCAAAAAAUUACUUUGGAUUCACAAUAUCGUACGUUAUUUUAUGUUUCAACACUCCUGUUCUGGUCUGUUUUCCAACAGAGUUGUCCAUCCAUAAUGCCUAUAUUAUUUUCAGUGACAGCCUCGAACGCUAAUUGUAUUUUCUGUACAGUAAUCGUCUGAUGUACAUCAAUAAAAUUCUGUUCUCUGUCCACCAAUUUA